GAAUCAGAUUUACAUCAAAACUGAGAAAGAAGCCACCCUUUUCACGCAUCACGGGGUGGUGAUAUACUUCGCUUGCAUUUCAGCUCAGAAGGAACGGGUCUCUAAAUUCAGCAGCUGGACGUACAGAUGCAAGCGGAGGCGCCCACAUUCCGGCCGGACGUGCUACAUGAGCUCUUCAAACUGGUCUGGGAAGAAACUGCAAAGGAAGUAGAGGAAGCGGAGGGUGCGCCAGGAGAGGAGACCCCGGCCGCCGCGGACAUUUCCAAGAAGAAGAGAAACACUACAGCAAACGCACACGCACUCCGACUGAGCUGCGAGCUCUUGAGGCUGCUCAUUGCCGAAGCGGUGGGGAGGGCGGCCCUGGUUGCGGAAGCCGAGGGACAAGAUUGCAUCGAAGGCAGCCACCUCGAGCGCAUCUUACCACAGCUGCUUCUAGACUUCUGAGCCCCCACUCUCCACUGAGGCCGUCUCCAGCAGCAGCUACCAAUCCUGGGGCUUCACGUAUUGUUGGAUAACACGCCCUCUUCCGGGUUCAGAGCAGGUGGUCGUUGACGCAUUGAUCGAUGAUAGAAGAUACUGUGCAACUAACGUUGGGGCCGAAGUGAAGUUGCGGGGGAGACAACUAGAGAGACGAUGUCGAGCAGUCGGCGCUUAUGUCAUAAGAGCAGUCCCUGAGCAUGACGUCCCCCCGGUCGGUCACCGUAAAAGAAGGCGACAACUUGUGGCGCAUCGCCGAGGACCUCGGCGUCAGCUGGGACGCACUGCGGAAGGCCAACGCUGACGUCACUCAUGACGUCAUCCAGCCUGGCACCGUCCUCCGAAUCCCCCAGCCUCCGCCCCUGGACCCCCCUGAAGCCGUCGAGGUCGGGGAGGGGGAUAGCUUAUGGACGAUCGGGCAGCGGUGGGGGGUGGACUGGCAGCAGCUGAAGCGGGCGAACGAGCUCGAGGAUGACGUCAUCAUGCCGGGCGAGGUGCUGCGGAUACCGAGGGGGGAGG